AUGGUCGCCCUGCCCGUAACUUUCCGCUCCUCUUUGGUAGCCCGGGGAUGCAGCGAGCCGCCACAACCGGAAGCGCUCGUUGCCAUGGCAACCGUCUCCCCAGUAAACAUCCUGGGUGCCCCCGGAAGCGUAUCCGUUAGAGCUGAUGAGGUGGAUGUGGACGGCACCGUGGAAGAUGACUUGGGUAAAAGCCGAGAAGGGUCUCGAACAGAUGAUGAAGUUGUUCAGAGAGAGGAAGAAGCUAUCCAGCUAGAUGGUCUAAAUGCAUCCCAGAUCAAAGAAAUCAGAGAAAAAGCUGAGAAGUUUGCAUUUCAAGCAGAAGUUAACAGAAUGAUGAAACUUAUUAUUAAUUCUCUGUAUAAAAACAAAGAGAUUUUCCUGAGGGAACUUAUUUCAAAUGCUUCAGAUGCUUUAGAUAAGAUACGGUUAAUAUCUUUAACUGAUGAAAAUGCUCUUGCUGGUAAUGAAGAACUUACGGUCAAAAUCAAGUGUGAUAAAGAGAAGAACAUGCUUCAUGUUACAGAUACGGGUAUUGGCAUGACAAAGGAGGAGUUAGUUAAAAACCUGGGUACUAUUGCAAAAUCUGGCACAAGUGAAUUCUUAAACAAGAUGACUGAAAUGCAGGAUGAUAGCCAGUCAACAUCUGAGUUGAUCGGCCAGUUUGGUGUUGGCUUUUAUUCUGCUUUCUUAGUAGCAGACAGAGUUAUUGUCACAUCAAAACACAACAAUGAUACUCAGCAUAUUUGGGAGUCUGAUUCAAAUGAAUUCUCUGUCAUUGAUGACCCAAGAGGAAACACUUUAGGACGUGGCACAACCAUAACUCUUGUCUUGAAGGAGGAAGCAUCUGAUUAUCUUGAGCUGGAUACUGUUAAAAAUCUAGUAAAGAAAUACUCGCAGUUCAUAAACUUCCCCAUAUAUGUGUGGAGCAGCAAGACAGAGACUGUUGAAGAGCCCAUUGAAGAGGAGGAAGCAAAGGAGAAAGAAGAAACAGAUGAUGAUGAAGCUGCAGUUGAAGAAGAAGAUGAAGAAAAGAAACCAAAAACUAAGAAGGUUGAAAAGACUGUCUGGGAUUGGGAGCUCAUGAAUGACAUAAAACCGAUCUGGCAGAGACCAUCUAAAGAAGUUGAAGAAGAUGAAUACAAGGCGUUUUACAAAACCUUUUCCAAGGAACACGAUGACCCAAUGGCUUAUAUCCACUUCACUGCUGAAGGGGAAGUAACUUUCAAAUCUAUCUUAUUUGUUCCAAAUUCUGCUCCACGUGGCCUGUUUGAUGAAUAUGGAUCCAAAAAAAGUGAUUUCAUUAAGCUGUAUGUUCGAAGAGUGUUCAUCACUGAUGACUUCCAUGACAUGAUGCCCAAAUAUCUUAACUUUGUUAAGGGUGUUGUGGAUUCUGAUGAUCUUCCUUUGAAUGUAUCUCGUGAAACACUUCAGCAGCAUAAAUUGUUAAAGGUGAUCAGAAAGAAACUUGUUCGCAAAACUCUUGAUAUGAUCAAGAAGAUUGCAGAAGAAAAAUACAAUGAUACGUUCUGGAAAGAGUUUGGUACUAAUGUAAAGCUUGGAGUUAUUGAGGAUCACUCCAAUCGUACACGACUGGCUAAACUUCUUCGCUUCCAGUCUUCUCAUCAUGAAAGUAACCUUACAAGCCUUGACCAGUAUGUGGAAAGAAUGAAAGAGAAGCAAGACAAAAUUUAUUUCAUGGCAGGUGCAAGCAGAAAGGAGGCUGAGUCCUCACCUUUUGUUGAACGUCUUCUGAAAAAGGGCUAUGAAGUGAUCUAUCUGACUGAACCCGUAGAUGAAUACUGUAUUCAGGCUCUGCCAGAGUUUGAUGGCAAGAGGUUUCAGAAUGUAGCAAAAGAAGGAGUUAAGUUUGAAGAAAGUGAAAAGUCUAAGGAGAGUCGGGAAGCCUUGGAAAAAGAAUUUGAACCACUCUUAAACUGGAUGAAAGACAAAGCUCUCAAAGACAAGAUUGAAAAAGCUGUGUUAUCUCAACGUUUAACCCAGUCUCCAUGUGCUCUUGUGGCUAGUCAGUAUGGAUGGUCUGGUAACAUGGAAAGAAUCAUGAAGGCUCAAGCUUACCAAACUGGGAAGGAUAUAUCGACAAAUUACUAUGCUAGCCAAAAGAAGACAUUUGAAAUUAACCCCAGGCAUCCACUGAUCAAGGACAUGCUGCGGCGAGUCAAGGAAAACGAAGAUGACAAAACAGUUUCAGAUCUUGCAGUGGUAUUGUUCGAAACUGCGACUUUGAGAUCAGGAUAUAUGUUACCCGACACUAAGGAAUAUGGAGACAGAAUAGAAAGGAUGCUUCGUUUAAGUUUAAACAUUGACCUGGAUGCAAAGGUGGAGGAGGAACCUGAAGAGCCUGAAGAUGCGGCUGAGGAGGCAGAGCAAGAUGAAGAGGAGGUGGAUGCUGAUGCUGAAGACAGUGAAACACAGAAGGAAUCCACAGAUGUGAAAGAUGAACUGUAAGCUGCACUCAACUACCAUCCUGCAUUGGGGGGUUAAGAGGGAAUGUGAAUUAGAUUGUUCUGUUUUUUUUCACUGUAAAAUGUUAAAGGAUGGUAUGGGGUUUAAGGGUGAAGGAGGAUUUUUUUUAAGUUCACUUUUCUAAAAACAUUCCUCAUGAAUGUAAAUUUGUAUUAUUUAACUGACUUGGUGUAAAAUCUUGUCAUGUACAAAAUAAAAUGUUCCCAAACACCACUAACUCCAAAUUUUACAUAGUAAGCUCAUCUUCAGGGCUAGCACAAACACAGGGCUUGUCUGGAGUGCUCAAGGCCCUUGUACAACAGGCACUGUGCAGUCCUUGUGCAUUUUGACACUGGCACAGCCACACUUAACUGUGUAAUGUAUGCCUGUGGUUGGGUUUUGUGUUAACAAACCUGUUGUGCUGUUUAGCCAAAAUAUACCUGCUAUUGGAGGGCUGUACUGAACUUGCUAGUUGACCUAAGUAUUCAAGAAGCUGUGUCUACUGCUGUCUUAAGAAAGAUGAGAUGGGUUAUUUAAAAAUAGUACUGGAACUGAAGUCCUGUCAGCUUGCACUGGGCUGUAUGUGACUUGACCCCACUGUACAGAGGUAGGUGGUGGUAGCUUUACAGCUGAGAUGAGGAAAAAAAUGCCCUUUCACUGAAGCUGUGAACACCAACAACCAGAAGUGGCUUACUG